CAUUCAAUCAAUAUACCAGUGAGCAUAAAUUGUACUAGUGAGAAUAUUAAUCAGUUGUUGAGCCAAUCAAAUACCAUAUGGAAAUUGAAUUAAUUUCUAGAGAAACCAUCAAACCUUCAUCACCAACUCCUACUCACCUCAGAAUUUAUCCACUUUCUUUCAUUGAUAACAUUUUUUUUCGUUUAUAUGUUCCAGUCAUUUUCUUUUACAAUCCAAAUGAGUGUAGUGACCAAAAUUCCAAAGUAUCACUACUUCGAAAAUCUUUAUCUCAACUUUUAUCUAAAUACUACCCUUUUGCUGGCAGAUUAAAAGAUAAAAUUACCAUUGAAUGUAAUGAUCAAGGUGUGUCAUUUUUGGUCACAAAGAUCAAAAACAAACUUUCAGAGAUUCUCAAAAACCCCACAGAUAAAAUAUUGAACCCUUUGUUUCCCGACAAAUUGCAAUGGAAAGACAUGGAUUGGAGCGAUACUUUGAUAGCUGUUCAAAUCAACUGUUUCGCAUGUGGAGGAAUGGCGAUAAGUAUUUGCAUGAGUCACAAAAUUGGUGAUGCGUCAACCAUUUUCAACUUCAUGAAUGAUUGGUCCAUCAUCAACCAAAAAUUACAAGAAGAAGAAGAAGAUAAAGGGUUAUUAGUAUUACCUUUUCCUUUACUUGAUGGAGGAGCUUCUGUUUUUCCACAAAGGGAUUUAACUAUUUUCCCAGAACUUGUGUUAACGAGAAAAAACAAUGUGGUGUGUAAAAGGUUUGUGUUUCAACCCUCAAUGAUCAAGUCCCUUAAGGCAAUGGCAACUUCUAGUUCUAUGCAUUCACCUCCAUCACGUGUACAAGCAGUAACUGCAUGGAUUUAUAAGCGUGCAGUUUCACUAAUGGGAUUAAAUUUCCAGACGGCUUUAUUUAGCAUGGGUGUAGAUCUUCGCAAAAGAAUGGUUCCUGCAUUGUCUGAAAAGUGUGUAGGAAACAUUGUUUGGUUCUCGUCUAUGGUUGCAGAUAAGAAGGAAAUGGAAUUACAUGAGUUGGUAUCCAAAAUAAAAGAAGGGUUAUCGCAGUUUGGUGACUUUAUUCCGGAAACAUUUGGAGCGAAAGAGAAUGAAAACUUGUCAUUAAUAUCUGAGUGCUUGAAACAAGUUACUGAGCCUCAUCCCGAAAAUGAAAAUUUGUUUACUUUUAGUAGCUGGUGUAGGUUUCCAAUGUAUGAAACAAAUUUUGGGUGGGGAAAUCCAACAUGGGUCACCACUUUUGGUUGUUCUUCAAGGAACAUAAUAUUUCUGAUGGAUACAAAAGAUGGAGAAGGGAUUGAAGCUAUUGUGAACAUGGAAGACAAUUACAUGACUAAGUUUGAGCAUGAAGUUGAGCUUCUUCGACAUGCCUCUUUGAAUCCAAGCAAUGUUGGACACGAUGACUAUGUGUUCUCUUCGCAAGCUCUCUCAAUUCCUUCUUAGCAUAUUUGGAUCUAUGUGUAUGAUUUGUGGGUUUGGAUUAAAGAUUCUCAAUAAGUGUUGAAAGAGACUUGUUUAUUUAAGUUAUUAAUUACAUUUUAAUCAUUUUUCUUUCUCUUUUGCACUUGUAAUCUGUUCAUUUUAGUUAAUUUACUAUUGUUUACUUUCUCUAAAUCUGGCUGUUAUAUCUACAUUAAGGGUAUUGCAAUUGUGGAUUCAGUAAUGAUUAGUGUUUAUCUUGUGAAUGAAAAAA